AUGUCUGUCGAUAGCUUUCGAUUGGAUUCUUUCCGCCCGUGGAACCCUUUUCAAGACAAAGUGCAGAUUUUGCGAGAUUCGCUCGAUAUCUGUCGAUACCCAACUCCUGUUUCGAUCACUGCCACCUCACCUCUCUCCGAUUCCAGCAACUCGGCUCCAGAGAGUACACAUGUUCACUUUUGUGAAUCUGUGCGACACCCCCUUCCUCCCCGACCGCCGUCGGAGGUUUGCCUGAAAGACAGCCUACCACAGGUGAUAAACACUCAGCACCAAUCUGCUGUGGAGGAUCAGAUACCAUGCGUUAACCCUGGAGUUGAGGCGUUCGACUUCGACGAUAUCUUGCAACUGCCUGAUUUGCCAAGCUCUGGAGAUCAGGACCAUCCGAUGAUAUGUCAUGAUCUAGGCUUGGAGUCUCAGGACUCACUCAGCUUUGAAUCGGGCGAUUCAGAGCUCGCUUGCAUUACCAGUCAGCGCUCUAAUGUUGGUAAUGCUGGAAGUUUCGGUGUGGCCCGCGAGUGUUCCGACGCAACAAUUGACCCGGCAAUCCUGGACGACGAUCAGAUCCAAGAUAUUGAGCAGACCCCGGCAAGAAAUGAGACCUCGGACGUUGUGUCUACUUAUUCUCCGUCAGAUAAAAGGGUUCGUGGUCCCAGCAUGCGACCACAUUCGCAAAGGACAACGAGCCCUAGGCGGCAGCGGUCCAAAGUCAGCAAAGUUGCCGUCGUCGUGAACAAUCGCCACAUGAAUAAGACUGGCCGAAGUACUCGAGCAAACAGGCCCGUUGCAACCUCGUUUUCUGCUCUUCGUGAUCAAUUUUCUUCUCUACCGGUCGAAGAGCGACUCCAAUUUUUAUCCUGGCUGUUUGAGGGUGCUUUGUCGCAAUGCCUCCAUAUGCCCACCCGUCCGAAUUCUGCAUCAGCAUCGAAGGACGUCGAGAGAGAGGAAGGAUUCGCGGUUUCAUCAGCUGAUCAAUCAAGCGUAGGCGAUGGAAUUGUCCACGGAAAACCUCCCUGCCCUUCAAGGAAAGGAUUGCGCUGGUCAGUAGAAGAAAAACGCCUUUUGAUGCAGCUAAGAGAAGAAGAAUCUCUUUCCUGGUCGGAAGUAAUCAACAAAUUUCUUCAAAGGUUCCCUGGGAGGAGUGAAGGUUCCAUACAGGUGUACUGGAGCACGACUUUGAAGAACCAGCGACUAUCCUAG